UCUUGACAACUUAUGCAAAUCUCUUUUUGGCACACAUUUUCUUGUUUUCUUCCAUGGAACCGUUAGAGGAAAAUGUCAAUUUCAUAACACAUGUUGCCAUCAAGUCAUAAGAUCCAAUCCUCCACAACCGAUCUCCAAAAAGAGACAACCUUCAAUAUAAAAUUAUAAAAAAUCUAAAAUGUUUCCAAAUUGCUGCCGUUGUUGUUUGGCCACAAAAAGUGAAUUGAUCUCAAUUUACAGCGAAUCACCUCACAAGGACAACAAAACAUUGUAUGAUUAUUUUAAUACUUUGUUCAAUUUUAUGAAGGCUGGCGAUGGUGGUGGUCGACAAAUUGUCGACUAUCCCAAACAAAUUUGUUUUCGCUGCAGCAAAGCCUUACAAAUCAGUUAUCAUUUUGUAUUAAUGACCAAGGAAAGGCAAACGGAAUAUGAAGAUAAAUUUGUGGCUGAAAAAAGAAUGUCGGCUGAAACUAAUUUAAUGGGGAAUUCGAGAGGAGAACAUGGCGUCUCGUUGAAGGCUUACUCCGUGGAGGCAAGUGGCAUUUAUCAAGACAUCAAUAAUAAUAAAAUGGAGGUUCAUGAUGUUAAAGCUCAAAUUGAAUUGAAGUGGAAUUGUGAAAUGAAUUACAAUGUAAGUGGCAAUGGUAGUUGCCCGAGUGUGGGAUCAAACAAAGAUGAACUGGUGGUACAGAAAGACGUGAAUGCAGGGCCUGUAACAAAAUCUGAAAUUGCCAAACCUUUGCCAAAACUUAAGCCAUUUAAAUGCCGUUACUGCGAGGAUUCCUUUGAAUACCAUGAAGUGUUAAUAAAACACACCCAACAUGUUCAUCAACAACUAAUACCUUUCAAAUGUAAGAUGUGUAACUUCUACACUUGUUUCAUAGAAAGUCUGUGUAAACAUUACAAAAAAGUACACAAACAGAAGGAUUUGGAGAAUCGUUUGUACAGGACAAAGGAAUUACUGGCCAUAUCUGCUGAUGUUGAGAUACUUGAUGAGAUAACUCACAAAUGCAUUAAUUGUGAUUUUCAAACUCAUACACUAAUUGAAAUGAAACAACAUCUCAAUAUGGAACAUGAUAUGGAGGAAGAUGAUAAAAAAAUGUUUAUAACUCUGUACAACUGUCCAUCAUGCUAUAGACAAUUUAUGGAAAAAACUUCGUUGAAAAUUCACUUUUCCUUGGCCCAUAACAGCCAAGAAACCGUACCCAAUAUGCCCAAUGAACAUUGUUGUGAAAAUUGUGGAAAAAUGUUUCAUCGCCGAUCCGGUUUGGCAGCCCAUGAACGUUGCUGUAAAUUAAACGAGCCCAUUUGUUGUACAUUUUGUAAAUUAAAAUUUUACACUGUUCUCAAAUAUGAAACACAUCUGAAUUCCGUGCACUAUGUUGAUGUUCGACACGAAUGUGAAAUAUGUCACAAAGUUUUUAUGAAUGCUUCACAUUUGGCGGUACAUCGUCGACGACAUAAUCAGCGUUAUCAUCAGUGUCAUUUAUGUACGAAAAAUUACAUAAAUAAUGCUGAGCUACAGGUACAUUUGCAACGUAUACAUAACAAACUGCCGAGGAGGAAUGAAGGCGAGCAACAAAAAAUGACAAUUCCCAUGAAAUGUAAAUAUUGUCCAUAUACCACAAAUUCCAAAUUUGCCAUGGAGGUACAUCAAUACCGGCACACUGGGAAACAGUAUAAAUGUAAAAAAUGUUCGAAAAGUUAUGUCCUAAGAAGAGACAUAAAACUUCACUGCAAACAAUUGCAUGCUCUUGAUAUAACCGAUGAAGAAUUGACCUCGAUGUUGAAGGAUAAACAUGAUUAUGUCAGCCCUUUAGAUGUAUUCCCUAAGCGUAACAAUGACUUACAAAUUAAUCCUGUUAAUGACAUCGAUUUGGAAAGGGAAUUGAAGGAGUUCGACACAACAUUUGAAAAUAUUUUGAAACAAAAGUUGUGAAAAUGAAUAUGUAUACAAUUUGAAUUAAGAAUUAACUAAAAAAAAAA